CUGGGGUCACUCAACCCCCAGAACUCAACCCCAACAACACAUAACCUCAAAUAGCAACAACAAACAUUGAAGAAUGUUAUAAAUAAUGUAUCCCGCAAAUCAUAAAACAGUUUUCGUGUUGGAUCACACUCCGUACUUUGGAAUCUCCACAGAAAGUCCAUUGGAGUUCGAGUGUUUGAAGGGUAGAGGACAAAAUCAAAUUCCUUUAGCACCAAUUUGUAAAUCAUUAUGGACAACGAGUGUGGAGUCAUCGAUGGAGUAUUGUCGAAUUGUCUGGGAUUUAUUUCCAUCGGGGAAAUUGGUCAGAUUUGUUGUGAGCGACCAUGCAGCCCACAUUUUGAACACUUGGAGUCCCCUGCAGCAAAAUUUAUCCCACAUAAUGAAUGGAAUGGCGAUUAUUGGAGUUCCUCCAAGAGGUCAUCAACCAGGAGUUGAUUUCUCGGUGAUCCAUGGUCUCAGAGUUGCUAUCGAAGCGCUUACAGAAUGCUCUGAAAUUCAACACAGUAAAAAAUCGGAGAAUCCCACAAAAUUUAAGAACAGAGGUCGAGUUAUUUGUAUCACCAGUGCCAGGGACAACAUAAAUAUGAAGAGUUUGGAAAAUAUUUUUCUCAAUCAAUUGACGCAGCAGAACAAGAUAGCUGCUGGAUCAGAUACAUCAAUACCGAUUAAUCACUGUCACCUCGUCAUCUUAAACAUCUUUCCAGUGAACAUAGAAUCUCAAGUUACUAGCCAAAGUCCAAGAGAAGUUUCUCCAUUACUCACCAUGGAAGUGCAUUCAAUGAAAGCAACAGCCCUCCAUUCCAAGCUGUCCCAUCUAAUAUUAUCUCACUACGACCUGGCAAGCACCACAGUCACCGGAAUACCCAUGAAAGAGGAACAGAAUGCAAGUUCAUCAGCUAAUUAUGAUGUGGAAAUAUUUCAUUCCCUCAGCGCUCAUACGUCAAUUUUAAAUGGCAAUCCCCAGGACUCAGCCCUCAUAAAAACAUUCAGAAGAUUCGAGGAGGGCUCUGAAUAUGAAACUGUGACAUUGAAGUGGUGCACACCAAGGGGCUGCAGUGCCUCGGAGAUGCAAAAUUGUACAGCGAUGCACAGGAUAACCCCUGUGGACGUAAAUAGUCGGCCAUCCUCGUGUCUCAUCAAUUUUCUACUCAAUGGACGUUCCGUUAUGCUCGAGAUGGCACGAAAAAGUGGCGGAAAAACGAUAUCCCAUUUGUUAGCUGCUCAUGGAGGUGAAAUAUUCAUUCAUACGUUAUCAACAGCGCGAAGUGUCUUGGAGGACCCCCCAUCAAUCAGUGAGGGAUGUGGUGGGAGGGUCACUGAUUAUAGAAUAACGGAUUUUGGAGCCCUCAUGAAGAGCAAUAUUUUGGUGCCACUUAAACGCUGCUCCAAUGGAGAAGGGGAUGGUACGUCAACACAAAUGAGAGCAAGACUUGAGAAACACACGAGAUACUGGCCGAUGACGAUUUCAAACACGCUGAUAUUUAAUUUGAAGCAGAUAAUUGACCCAUUGCCAGAAAUAAUGGUAAAAGAGGAGCUAUCUAAAGACGAACUGGUUAAAUGCAAACAAUUGAUCUUCAGUUUGCUCCAGCUCGAAUCAAAACACGAGACCCUGUCAUUACCGAAUCUUGGUGGUGGCAGGGGAGGCAAGAGUGGGGUCCGAAGGGAUGAGCAUUAUCGUUUAUUGUGGGAGGAAUUGGAGAAGCUUUUGAAGGCCCACGCUAGUACUUCUGCAAUGCAUGCUGAAGUGUUGAAUUGUCUACUAGAGGUGCGCAAUAAGGACGACAAGGACAAGGUUGAAUUGGAUCAAGCAUUGAGAGAAUUAGAUAGCCUUGGAAAAGAAGAGCCAACACGUGCCAGUGUAAUUCGCGCAACGACAGACUCCCCAAUGUCUCCACCUCCGAUAACACCAACACCUCUAGCAAAACAACUACAAAAAAGUGGCACUCCAAAAAGCCUCCUGGACAUUUGGCUCCAGCGUAGUGCCCCGAAAGAGAGACGACCUGAAUUUCACGGACGUAUCAACAGUGACGGAUCAAAAGCCAAACUUUAUCCCAAUCUCAAAGAUGCCAAUUGGGAACACCGGGAAGCUAUGCUGGAGGCAUAAAUCUCAUCAAUACACGCGAAGAGGCUCGGUAUGUAAAUAUGUCACGUAAAAAAUUGUCCACUCCAUAAUAAAUUAUGUACAUAAAUAUCGCAAAGAAAAAACAUCUCCGAAUAAAAAUGAUGAAUAAAUA